UAAAUAUCCACCACCACAAUUUCAUAACGCAUAACACGAAAAAAAUAAUGGCAAGGAAGGUGGGUUUGAAUUUUAUAGGGUGCUCCAUCGUUGCAAUGGUUUUCAUAAUUGGUGUGGCUGAAGCAACAGAUUAUAUCGUUGGUGAAGGCUUCGGAUGGAGCGUUCCCUCCAAUGAGAGCUUUUAUACAGACUGGGCUAGCACCAAGAGAUUCUUCGUUGGUGACAAUCUCAUUUUCAACAUCAGCGGAGAGCAUUCGGUGGGAAUUAGAACAGAGGCUACUUAUUAUGAGAAUUGCAACACCAGCUUAUUAACUGGUUUCACGUUCAUAGGCGUCAAUGGGAGUAAUUCGAUGUUUCGACAUAAUAUUAUUCCUCCAACUGGGCCUCGCUAUUUCCUCUGCACCGUUGGAAAUCACUGUGAAAGAGGCCAGAAGUUUAGUAUCAGCGUUGAGUCUCAUCCUGAUUCCGCUGCUCCUACUACACUGUCAUUCAGAAUCUUAUCUGCAUUUCUCUCUAGCUUGGCUGUGUAUUUCUUCACUGUUACUAGUUAGUUACUUUGUCGUGUAACUCUACGAGGAUUUUGCAUUCUUGUUCCUAGCAAUUCUUUGAACAUAUUCACUAUAGAUAUUAUAGGAUUGCUGGGUUGUUUGUUUCAAUAAAUGUUGUACUGCUACUUACAACAUACUAUUGUAACUUUAAAUUUAAUAAAGACGUUACUUCAAUUAAUAUUGAA